UCUGCCCUCAGUGAAGCACCAGCGCUGCCCCUUCGUGGCUGAGAGAACCUCUUUUUUUUUCCGCAAAGACAUCCCUCUGCGACCGCAGGGCCCGGGAUCCACCUCCAAAGAUGUCUCGCAUGAGCACCUCAGGGGCCGCGGGUCAGGCCCACAGGGUCGUGGAUUCCUACGGUUCUGUGGUAUUCACAGGACCUGAUAGCAAAAGUGAUUUCAGAACAAAGCACUCUGACUUUCCUCACUACAUUGGGGAGACAAGUGCAGCUUAUGAAGGAACUGGAGAUUUGAGCUACUUGUACCGUUCUGCCACAGGAACUUCACCCAUGAGACCCAGACACACCUAUGUGGGAGAGAUUGGCUGGGGAUUGCCUCUAGUUUACGAACUAAACAAAGCAAAUCUCCUAAGUAACAUGCAAAUCAAGAAAGAAAUGGCCCGCAAAUACGCUCACGACAGAUUUGGCCAUAGGUUUCAAAAUCCAAGGACAUCAGCUCCAGCUUAUCUUGAUCAGUUAAAGGGAUCCAGAGGUUAUUUGGCUUGGCCAAAUAGAGUACUUCUUAGGAACACAUAAAUGGAAGACAUCAGACGGAGGGAACUCCAGUUUACCUA